AUGAAUACUCAUAUGCUAAGUCAUAAUACUCCAUUUAUUAAAAACGAUGAACUAAAAGAUAGAAAGCCAUUAAGUAAAAUCAAUAAUAAUAAUGAAUUUAAAAUAAAUAAACCUAAAAUCAUUAAUACCAAUAAUCAAUCAAAUCAAUUAAGAAAAAAUUAUAAAUAUAGUCAAUUAAAUGAUUUUAAUCAAAAUAUAUCACCUACACCUUUUAAAUCCAAUCAAUUAUCUUUCAAUCAAGAAUUAUCAAAUUUAACACCAUUAAAUAAUAAUGAUAAUAAUGGAAUAACUUUAGAAAAUUCUUCAUCACCAUUUAUUGAAUCACCUACUGAUCAAAAAAGAAGAUUUAAUAAUAAAUCAAAACAACAAAUUAAUCAACAAAUUAAUCAACAAUUCCAAAUAAAUCCAAUAGAACAUAAUAAUCAGCUACAUCAAACUAAUCUACUACAACAAAAUAAUCAUCUUCAUCAUCAAAAUCAAAAUCAACAUCCUCAUCAACAACCUCCAACAAUUUUGAAACCAUUAGAUCAACCAAUCACCAAUAAUUCACAAACUACACAUUCCCCACCCCUAAACAUUCCAGAAUCAAAAUUUGAAGAUUUUGAAAUUGGUAAAAUAUUAGGUAAAGGAAAAUUAGGUAAAGUAUAUUGUGCAAAACAUAAGCAAUCAGGUUUACCAAUUGCUCUUAAGAUAAUGUCUAAAAAGGAAUUAAUAUCAAUGAAAUUAGAAAAAAAUUUUAAAAGAGAAGUUGAAAUUCAAUCAUGUUUAUACCACCAAAAUAUAACUCAUUUAUAUACAUGGUUUCAUGAUUCUAUAAACGUUUAUCUUGUAUUAGAAUUUAGUUUAUAUGGAGAAUUAUAUCAACUUUUAAAAACCAAAAAGAAAUUUGAUAAUAUUUUAGCAAGUUAUUAUAUAUAUCAAAUAGUACAAGCAUUAAAAUAUUUACAUUCAAAAAAUAUUAUACAUAGAGAUUUAAAACCAGAAAAUAUAAUGCUUAAUUUUAAUAAUAUUGUAAAAUUAUCAGAUUUUGGUUGGUCAGUAUAUACAAAAACUAAAAUUGAAAAACAAGAAAAAUUAUUAGCUAUUGGAUCAAAUAAAAGAAAUACAAUAUGUGGAACAAUGGAUUAUUUACCACCAGAAAUGAUUGAACAAAAAUCUCAUGAUUAUAAAGUUGAUUUAUGGGCUUUAGGUAUAUUAAUUUAUGAAUUUUUAAUUGGUAAACCUCCAUUUGAAGAAAAUGAUAAAAAUGCUACAUACAAAAGAAUAUUAAAAGUUGAUUUAAAAUUUCCAACCACUACAAAAUUAGAUAAUGAUGCUAUUGAUUUAAUUUUUAGAUUAUUGAAAUUCAAUCCUCAAGAAAGAAUUUCAUUGGAUCAAGUAUUAGAACAUCCUUGGAUAAUUAAAAAUUCUACAAAAUGGGUAAAUUUAUCUAAAAAUGAAUAA